AAAAAUGUAGCAUUGGUCCAAACAAAGCCAAUAACGGUUGAUUUUUUACACUUUAUACCAUAGUCCAAUGGCAAAAGGGAAAAGAUUGAUUGACAUAGCAUUUGUUAGAAUUACAGACAAUUGGGUUGAAACAAAGGCGGGCUCAUUCAGAGGCCUAUUUUAUGUUCAGUCAGCGAUGUUUUUCAAAAUGUUAGCCAGUUAGCUGUUGCAGCGCCAUGGCAGACGUUUAUUAGCAAACUAGCCAACUGUCGAAAAAAACUUUUUUAACCUUAACUACAGGUCUUACUUUAAUCAUUAUGCGUGAGUGCAUCUCUAUCCACGUUGGUCAGGCUGGUGUGCAGAUCGGUAAUGCGUGCUGGGAGCUGUACUGCUUGGAGCAUGGGAUCCAGCCUGAUGGGCAGAUGCCCAGUGACAAAACCAUAGGCGGAGGGGAUGACUCCUUCAACACCUUCUUCAGCGAGACAGGAGCGGGAAAACAUGUCCCUCGUGCAGUUUUUGUGGAUCUCGAACCAACUGUAGUUGAUGAGGUCCGCACCGGGACAUACCGUCAACUGUUCCACCCUGAGCAGCUCAUCACCGGUAAGGAGGAUGCCGCCAACAACUAUGCUCGAGGCCACUACACCAUUGGCAAGGAGAUCGUGGAUCUGGUUCUGGACAGAGUUCGCAAACUGUCAGACCAGUGCACUGGGCUUCAGGGCUUCCUGAUCUUCCACAGUUUUGGUGGUGGAACUGGCUCAGGUUUUGCUUCGCUGCUCAUGGAGAGACUGUCUGUGGACUACGGCAAGAAGUCCAAACUGGAGUUUGCCAUUUACCCUGCCCCUCAGGUGUCCACAGCAGUGGUGGAGCCCUACAACUCUAUCCUGACCACCCACACCACCCUGGAGCACUCCGACUGUGCCUUCAUGGUCGACAAUGAGGCCAUCUACGACAUCUGCCGUCGUAACCUGGACAUCGAGCGCCCCACCUACACCAACCUCAACAGGCUCAUUGGCCAGAUUGUCUCCUCCAUCACCGCCUCGCUUCGUUUCGAUGGAGCCCUCAACGUGGACCUGACAGAGUUCCAGACCAACCUGGUGCCCUACCCCCGUAUCCACUUCCCCCUGGUCACCUACGCACCUGUCAUCUCUGCUGAGAAGGCCUACCAUGAAAUGCUCUCUGUGGCAGAGAUCACCAAUGCCUGCUUCGAGCCCGCCAACCAGAUGGUGAAGUGUGACCCUCGCCACGGGAAGUACAUGGCCUGCUGCAUGCUGUACCGUGGGGAUGUGGUGCCCAAGGACAUCAACGCUGCCAUUGCCACCAUCAAGACCAAACACACCAUCCAGUUUGUUGACUGGUGCCCCACCGGCUUCAAGGUUGGCAUCAACUACCAGCCACCCACAGUGGUGCCAGGUGGAGAUCUGGCCAAGGUCCAGAGAGCCGUGUGCAUGUUGAGCAACACCACGGCCAUCGCUGAGGCCUGGGCUCGGCUCGACCACAAGUUUGACUUGAUGUACGCCAAGCGUGCCUUUGUGCACUGGUAUGUGGGAGAGGGUAUGGAGGAUGGGGAGUUCUCGGAGGCCAGAGAGGAUCUGGCUGCCCUGGAGAAGGACUACGAAGAGGUGGGAGUAGAUUCAGUGGAAGGGGAGGCUGAGGAAGGAGAAGAGUACUGAACACUGACCUACUGAUUUAACAGAUGUUUUACAGUUAAUUGGCAAUUUUAAUAAAAGUUAUGUGUUUUGGUC